UGAUCCAGGAGGCUCCGCCCCUUCCUGAAGAGACUCCGCCUUUUGAAUGACGUCAUCGCCUCCAGGAGCAGCGCACUUCUAGACACGACCUUCCCGACAGGCUUAGCGGCGCGGUCGCAGGUCACAGGGAAAGAUGGCUGUGUUCUCUAGAAUGGGUGCAUUCCUGAAAAAUGCUUGGAAUAAAGAACCUGUUGUAACUGUGUCCGCUGGCAUUGGGAUUUUGGCUGUUAUACUUCCUUUUAUCAGUCCUUAUACAAAGUACGCCGCCAUGUACAACCAAGCCGUACCAUACAAUUACCCAGUUCCAGUUCGAGAUGAUGGAAACAUGCCAGAUAUCCCGAGCCAUCCCACUGACAAAAUUGGGCCUAACUUGGAUUGGCUGAAGAAAUUGUAAUUCUGAAGACCCAAUUGCAGUUUGUGCCCUAUCAGAAAUCUUCUAUGGACUUCCGCUUGUUGUUACCUUUCAUGGUCACAUGUUGUACUGUCCGCUAGUAUUGCAGAUAUCUGAAUGAAUGAUUCUUCCAGAAAGGGGAGGCAAAAAGGAUGUCUCUUCAUAAGGUUAUUUAAGAAAUACCUUGUGGUAUUGUCUUGUUAACUUAAUAAAAUCUACUUUCCCAAUAGAAAA